AUGUCUGACAAUAAGGACGCAUCCGAUACCCAGAUGACCGACGAUGUCGUGCCCGUGGAAGUCAGAAGAAUUGAGCCAUUUCCCACAGCGAUCCAAGACUGGCAAGGGGUGCCGCUCACAGUGGCAGAACGCCAAAUGGUCGCCUUCAUGGGUUCGAUCACCGACAAAGCCGACUGGCAGCGGAAGAUUCAGGAUUCGACCAUUCGUGAGAAAUGGCGAAAGGAGCUUGACGGCAUGCCGCAUACAUCCCAUGACGGAGCUGAUACUUUCAUAUUUCCACCGGAAGCCUUCGAUCAUUGCAUGGCCGAACUCGCAGAUUAUGCGAAACACUCGGCGGAGCAUGAAUUCCUUCCGGGACUUGAUGCAACCGCGACCAUCUACAAGUCGGACACCCUUGUGUCUAAUGAGCUUCGUCAAGCAUUACUUGGAGCUGGUGCAAAAUUGGAAGAUUCUCAGGCAUCAAACCCAGACUGGCAUCCAGGCUCGGAUAACACAGUGCUUGACCUUGUGCAUCCCUCGCUGUUUCCUUUGGUAUACGGCCGAACACCGGUCAUGAAAGAGCCGAUCACAUCUCUGCAAGACAUUGUAUAUUACACAGGACUUGGCUCGCCUAUUGCGGGACCUGAUGAUGUAGAGAAGGGUCGAGAUCUUGGCUCGUUCUACUACCCCUACGAGUCAGGAUAUUUCUCGGAUAGGUUUCAAUGGCUGCCUUGCGAAGUAGCCGUGGGAGAGGAGGGACAUGCGAAAAUAACGAGCUAUAUCAACAACUUGCUCCCCGAACCGCAUACCGAUCUUUACGAAGCCAUAGAGCAAGUCAUGACAAGAUGUCUACCGAUGCUGAGCGCGACUCUUGUGAGCACUCGGGAGACUGAUAGAUCGCCCAGGAUAAGCGUGGGCAGUGGCGAAGAUAUCGAGUGGACUCCAGCUAAGCCCAAACUGGAGGACUUUGAGGCAGACGAAAACGACGACGAGGGAGACGACGCCUACGAAAGAUUUGAUGCAGAAAUGGACAACUGGCGUGACGCUUCUAGUGCUCCAUCGUGCCCUUCUCCCGCUACAUAUUCAGGGCGGGCUCGCAACCCUGCGGAUGUCUUCAAGAAGCUUGACCUGCAACGAGAUUCCGCCUCCCAAGGACUGCAAUUCAUUGUCAAGCUUGCCAACAUAGUCUUGACGCCAGAGAAACCAAAGUAUGCCGGUGGCUCAUGGCACGUGGAAGGACAGAUGAACGAGCAUAUCUGCGCCACAGCACUCUACUACUACGAUUGUGAUAAUAUCACGGACAGCCACCUGGCGUUCCGAGAAAGCUUGAGCACUGAUUUCGAUGUCUGGAGCUACGAACAGAGCGAAUUUCAACAUCACGAGAUUCUGUACGAUAUCGAGAAUGAAGGUCCGCCGGAGCAACGGCUUGGCAGUGUAUUGACUCAGCAAGGACGACUGCUCACCUUCCCGAACGUGAUGCAGCAUCGUGUAGAGCCCUUUGAGCUGGACGACAAGACUAGACCUGGCCACCGAAAGAUCCUGGCCUUAUUUCUGGUUGACCCAUAUCUGCGCGUCCCCUCUACUGCCACCGUACCACCACAACAGAAGCACUGGUGGACUGAGAUGGUGCAGAGUCUCGACAAGAUGGCUGAGCUUCCGCCGGAAAUGGUGGAGCAUGUUCUCGAGAGUUCGGGAGACUUUCCCAUUGAUAUGGAGGAAGCCAAGACGUUGAGGGCGGAACUGAUGGAGGAGCGGUCAGCCUGGCAAUCGGAGGUGGAUGAUAAACUCUAUGAGGAUCGGUUCUGCUUCUGUGAGCAUUAA